ACCAGAACUGAAACCACUUACAUCCACCGAAGACAAGAGUAAUGUGUUAUUAGCUUUCGUUGGCGCCAUAUACAAAGAAAAAGGCUUCAAUCAACUCAAAGAAUGGCUUUCUAGCGUUAUAGCUCUACGAAUUACUUCUGCUAUCGAUUUUAAAGACUUACAGCAAACACCAUCUAAUAAUGGAUCAUCUACGAGUCAGCUUAAAGAGAAAUCAGAGGGUAGAUUAUCAUCAACUGACGAGAGAUAUGAUGUGAAGCAGGAAGAACAAGAUGAUUCUAUCGAAGUUAUGCCUGAAUCAUCAUACAGAGCGCAUGAUAUCGAUAUGAAUUCCAAGAAAACUCAAGCACAUAAAUCUGAAGCACUAGACAAGCCUGAUGUGUACAAAAAAUACGUCAAGAUCGAAAACAUCGAAGAGAAUUUAGCUAAAGAGCGCGAAGAAGACUUCAAAAGGAGGCACGAGGAGAUGCUCAAAAAGAAAGCUAAAGAUUCGGAACGUGAUGGCAAGAGAAAGAGAGAAGUAGAUGCUAAUUUACCGCUCAAGAAUCUUAAUUGGCAAUCAAGUUACUCGGAACCUGCAAAACGUGAGUUUAUACAGUCUCUUCAAUCGUCAGCCCAGUAUGUAGAAGGUAGAUCCAUGUCAAAGUACGGUCUGGAUUAUGGUCAACGGCUUCCUAUACCUGAAGAAUUAAACAUUGAGGGCUGUCCUGAGCUCCCAGAAAUAUUUCCACCGUGUUUACCAUCACUUUCCGACGAAUCUCUGUUUGAAGUUCUCACUCACAGAUCACUGAAUCCUCCAUUAAACGCUAUGCAAGAUCCAGAUGAAUACGCGUCAUUCGAUAACGAAAGGCUUGAAUUCCUUGGUGAUGCUGUCUUAGAAGUACAUACAACAGAGGCAAUCUUUGUUACGUAUCCUCAACUCAGACCAGCAGGGAUGGUACAUCUUAGAAACAAACUCGUAAACACUUACAUUCUAGCGUACUUUGCUGAUAUGUACGGCCUACCAGCCAAACUGAGAAUGUCAACAAGCUACAAGAAUCAAGAUAUGCAUCGUUCACCGAAAUGCAAAGCAGAUGUAAUGGAAGCAUACAUCGGUGCUGUAUAUCGUGAUAGGGAAGCUGGAGUUAGUAGACAAUGGCUACUAGAUUUGCUUGCUCCAUUCGUCCUCAUUCAUCUCCCUGCGGUCCGGAAGGAAUUUGAAGAGAGAAAUAGCACAGAAGUACAGGGACAUUGGGCUACAGCUAUAAACAAAGUUUUUGAUAAGAACAAAAUGGAAUGGGCUUUUCAUGAAGCUGAUCGAAAUCUAGAAGGUGUUGCUAAUUGGAAUGCACAACUUUUCGUUGAUGGAGAUAAAGUGGCUGAUGUUUGCGGUAGUAGUAAAAAGAAUGCGAAGUUCAUCAUCGCUGCUAUGAUCGCUGAGCAUCUCAAGAUACCUGACGCUGCAGGUAAUUAUGUCCCUGAAGGUUACACGAAGAAUGUUAAAACUGGUGAACUCUUUACCGCGAAUCUGGAAAAAUUGCGAAAUCUUACUUCAAUUGCUGAUACCUCUAAUAAAAAGCAAAAGACAAAGUAGAUGCUGCAUUACUUUAUUUAUUUAUAUACACAUGUAUAGAAUACUUUGAAAUAUUAAUAAAAUUAACAUUAC